GCACAGAUGGACAUAGACUAUACCUUCGCACAGAUGCUGUACCUCUGCAUUUCGCCGAGGAAGGUCUAUCAGCUGACGUCAUAUCGCAAGCAAACAAAAAAUCAAUGGGCGAGAGACGAUCCCGCAUUUGUUGUGGUGUUGGUGUUUUUCUUGACCGUUGCGGCUGUUGCAUAUGGCCUGGCGUUCCAAGCCACAGGAGCUGCCUUCUUGCACAUCGUGCUGCACUUCGUGAUCGGUCACUUCCUGGUUUUCGGGGUGCUGAUUUCUAGUGUGUCGUGGUUUGUUGCGAACAACUACAUGAGAGCGCAGUCGUUCCAUGGUGUGGAACAGAAGAUGGAAUGGAUGUACGCUUUUGACAUUCACUGCAAUUCGUUCUUUCCAUUGUUCCUGGUGCUUUAUGUACUGCAUUACUUCAUGCUGCCAAUUCUCACACAGCCCAACCUUGCAGCUGCCAUGUUGAGUAAUUUGCUCUAUGCUGCGGCUUUGUGCUACUACCUGUACAUCAUGUCGCUCGGGUACAGUGUCCUGCCGUUUCUGGAGCGAACAGAAGUGAUCCUUUAUCCAUCUGGUGUGGUGGUUCUCUUGGCCUUGGUCUUGAGCUGUCUCCAUGUCAACCUUACGAACGUAUCCUACCACUAUGUGGGCAUGUGA